CCCACCCUCACUUUAAAUCUAAAAGUUUCCACAUGCUUGGAACUAAGGUACCAAGCUGUUCCUAAACUGACAUGGCGACUAUUGGUGCGAUCCAAGGGCUGGUGUAAAUCAGAGAGAGCUUCUUCCGAAAGGAAAAAAGAGCCAGUUGCUAUCUCCCCAAUCCCAACAAUAAUUGUGCAUUGAUUAAGCUAGCAAGCUAUAGCAUCUCACCGGUCAACAAACCAUCAACUCCUUCCGUCUCCACCCUUCUCUCCUUCCCUCCCCAUCCCAAGGAGACAGGGAAAAAGAGAAUUCAGAUAUACCGAAAAAGACUCAGAGAAAACAGAGCAAAACCAACCAUCUCCCUUCCCCCAAUACUUUGCACUCAAGCACUUUGGUCCUUCACCAUUCUUUGAGCCACCAAAAAAAAAGAAAAAAGCACUUUAAGCAGAAGCUCUUACCACCCGACUCACUCUGCCAUCCUUCCACUGCCAUCAAGUAUCCCCCCCCCCCAUCCCAAUCGUUUGGCCCCAGAGACUCGUAUAGAUCUAUCUCAUUUGGCCCAGAAGAUAAACACCUCUGAGCCCCUUCUCUCGGACCCCGGCCAAAUCGGCCAUGGCCACCGUCGACAACCAGCAGACCUGGGUUCCCUAUGAGCCAAUUAAGGACUGUACCCAGGGCUUGUGUACCAUAUACUGCCCCCAGUGGUGCUACUUAAUGUUCCCACCACCUCCCCCCUUGGAGCUCUCGGACGACAGCUCCGGCCCCACCUUCUCCCCCCUCGUCAUCGCCAUCAUCGGCAUCCUCGCAAGCGCCUUCCUCCUCGUCAGCUACUACACCAUCAUCUCCAAAUAUUGUGGUGCCUUCGACUCCCUCCGCCGCCGGCUCCAAGGCCCCGGUGUGGCCGACCACGAGCUCGAGGACGGCCACGGCCAAUCCCGCCGCCACGAGUCGUGGAGCCUCUCCCCCUCGAACGGGCUCGAUGAGGCCUUGAUCGACAAGAUUGCGGUGUGCAAAUAUAGGAGAGGCGACGGGCUGGUCGACGGCACCGACUGCUCGGUGUGCCUCAGCGAGUUCAGGGAGGAGGAGAGCCUUCGCUUGCUCCCCAAGUGCAACCAUGCCUUCCAUGUUCACUGCAUCGAUACUUGGUUGAAGUCCCACUCCAACUGCCCCCUCUGCCGUGCCAAUAUCGUGUCGGUCAAUUCAUCGACCCCGCCACCGCCGCCGCCGCCGCCACCGCCGGCGGCUCCUCCCGAGCCGGAACAUACUUCUCCCGUGGCAGAAGGUGAACGAAGCUUCGAGGUUAUGGCUGUAGUUAUAGAAGAUUUGGACGGACGUGGGCAAACAGAGAUCCGACUGAGGAAUGAUGACGAGGUCCCUCCCAAGAACCACCCUUCUCGAAUCCUUUGUGAUUUGGAAAGGAUGGAGGAGAGUGAUUGUAUAAUCGAGGUCGGAGAUGAUGCUGUCCAACCGAUCAGACGAUCAUUCUCCCUGGACUCCUCGCAUCGAGGGCGGGUUUCGAUUGCUGAUGUCUUGCAAAAGAGCAUGGAGGAUGAAUUGUUAGCAGCUGCAAAGGAUCAUGGGUUUCCGGCUGGGAUCGGUUCAUCGACACGUUGCGGAGAAGAGCAUUGCAGGACUGGGGGCUCGCGUCGUGUUAUGAGCCCUGUCCCCAUGAAGAGAUCCGUCUCCAGUGAGAGGUUCUGCUUCACCAGGCAAGGAAGGGGAAGCAGUUCUGUCCUUCCAGUAUAAAAGAAUAUAGUCCAACUAGAAUAUAGCACGAGUUGUUGUUCUCAGUGAAAGUGUUCAUAGAAAGGAACAGAGUCUCAUUCUUCAGCUAUCCAAAAGGAAAGACCCUGCAUCCAUUGGAGUUCUUUGGUGUGGAAAUCCUCCAUGCAAUGCUUGAUAAGGUUCCCUAAUUGCUCUAUUUGUCAUGGAGAUUUAUGGAUUUGGUGGAGUUCGGAUGCUUUGGAAACUUCGUAUCAUAUGAUUUUUGAUUUCUUAUCGUCUGUUCUUUUACGAUUGCUUUGAGCUUGUGCAUGCACUCCUCUUCUUUUAUUUGCAUUUUUUUUUUUUUUUUGAAUGUCUAUAUAUAUUGCGGUCAUGCAGAUCAUUUGGUAAAUUAAAAUAGAGUGAGAGCUCAAGAUUUUUCUGAUGUUUUCAAUGGUGAGCUCUCUAUGGACUCUGAAAUCAGAGAAUGUUAUUCACGAUGUGUUCCUC